CACGUCGAUCGCCGACCAACCGGAGGAGACGCGCCUGAAUAAGAAGACGACCGUGCGUCCCCAUUGCUCGGCGGAUCACCGGCGCGCAUCGCCAUGUCUUUCACCGGCACACAGGACAAGUGCAAGACGUGCGACAAGACCGUCCAUUUCAUCGACCUCCUCACCGCCGACGGCGUCUCCUAUCACAAGACAUGCUUCAAGUGCAGCCACUGCAAGGGGACCCUCUCGAUGUGCAACUACUCUUCCAUGGAUGGUGUCCUCUACUGCAAGACCCAUUUCGAGCAGCUCUUCAAGGAGACGGGGAACUUCUCAAAGAAUUUUACGCCAGGUGGCAAAUCCGCAGAGAAGGGCGAGGCAAAGGCUCCAAGCAAGAUGUCAUCUGCCUUCUCUGGAACUCAAGAUAAAUGUGCGGCCUGCCAAAAGACCGUGUACCCAUUGGAGAAGCUAACUUUGGAGGGCGAAUGCUACCAUAAGAGCUGCUUCAAGUGCUCGCAUGGUGGCUGCAUCCUGACGACCUCCUCGUACGCCGCACUCAACGGAAUCCUCUACUGCAAGAUCCAUUUCUCACAGCUGUUCAAGGAGAAGGGAAGCUACAACCAUCUCAUCAAGACCGCGCAAACAAAGAAGGAGAGCGUGGAGGCUGCGGCUGCAGCAGAGGCAGGGGCAGGGGCAGGGGCGGAGGCAGCUGCAGCUGCAGCAGCAGAGCCGGAAGCGCCCCCGCAAGAUGAAGCAUAGAGCAAAGAUUAGGAGCAAAGCAAAGGAAACAACAGAACCAAAUAUUAUAUAUAUAAAAAAGGCUCCGCAAUUUACAGAUAGUAAUUUGCAAUACUUCCUUCCCUGCUUCCAUUUUUGUACGGCCUCUCAAAGCUUGCUUUUGUUCAAGCUGGAAUUGUAUCAUUUCUCGAAAACUUGUCACCUGGACAUGAAACUAUUGGUUUGCACAGCCAAAAAUAUUACUUUGCGUUGCACG